AUGACCAACUCCAAGGGUUACCGUCGUGGAACGAGAGACUUGUUCUCUCGUAAAUUCCGUACUCAUGGAACCAUCCCUCUGAGUACCUACAUGAAGGUGUACAAAGUCGGAGACAUUGUUGACAUUAAAGGCAACGGUGCAGUCCAAAAAGGUAUGCCACACAAGGCUUACCACGGCAAGACUGGACGUGUGUUCAACGUGACUCCCCACGCUAUGGGAGUGAUCGUCAACAAGCGAGUACGUGGACGUUUCAUUGCCAAGCGCAUCAACGUAAGAAUUGAGCACUUGAACCACAGCAAGUGCCGAGAGGACUUCCUCAAGAGAGUUAAGGAAAACGAGCGUCUCAGAAAGGAGGCUAAGGAAAAGAACAUCCACGUUGAGUUGAAACGUCAACCCGCUCAACCUUCCAAGGCUCACAUUGUCUCUGGACGCGAAGCUCCAAUCCUCUUGGCGCCAAUCCCGUAUGAGUUUAUUGCUUAA